CGGCAGACGGAGGCGGACAGGGAUGUUUCGACGCCUUAGUAAGCAAUCAGCCAAUGAACGAGGCUUGACUGGACCUAUUGUACAGCGGACUCAGGCACAGUCACCCCGCAGUCCCGCAAUCGGCGCCCCUCCAAAACUUUCUGAGGACGAAGUGGGAAUUGACUCCCUCCCCCAGAACCACCAACUACACACAACCGACCUUUGACCGACCGAACCCGCACACGAUAUUCACAAUGGCAGCCUUCCCGCCCCCUCCGGUUACCACCAUUGACUGGUCCAAUGUCGGCUUCAAGGUUCGCGAAGUCAACGGCCACAUCGAGUCCAGCUACUCCGUCGCGACCGGCAAAUGGACGCCCCUCAAGUUCGUCGCCGACCCCUUCAUGCGCAUCCACGGCAUGGCGCCGGCCCUCAACUACGGCCAGCAGGCGUACGAAGGCCUCAAGGCGUUCCGUGCACCCGGCGACAAGACUAUCAACAUCUUCCGCCCGGACAAGAACGCCGUGCGCAUGCAGCACUCGGCCGACGUCGUUUCCAUGCCCCGCGUCCCCGAGGAGCUCUUCCUCGCCGCGUGCAAGGCCGCCGUCUCCCUCAACGCCGGCUUCGUCCCGCCCCACGAGACGGGCGCCGCCAUGUACAUCCGCCCCCAGCUGUACGGCUCCUCGGCCCAGCUCGGCCUGAGCGCGCCCGAGGAGUACCUCUUCGCCGUCUUCGUCAUCCCCACCGGCACCUACCACGGGAGCCACCCGGUCAAGUGCCUCAUCCUCGACGACUUUGACCGCGCCGCGCCCAACGGCACCGGCCAUGCCAAGGUGGGCGGCAACUACGCGCCCGUGAUGCGCUUCAGCGACCGCGCCCGCGCCCAGGGCUACGACAUCACGCUGCACCUCGACAGCGUCCGGCACGAGGACAUUGACGAGUUCAGCACGAGCGGCUUCAUCGGCGUCCGGAGGGACGGCGACGACGUCACGCUCGUGGUGCCGGACUCCAAGUGCGUCAUCGACAGCGUGACGAGCGACAGCAUCCAAGAAAUUGCCCGCAGCUUCGGCUGGAAGGUAGAGAAGCGAGUGAUCAAGUACAGCGAGCUCCCCACCUUCUCCGAGGUCAUGGCGGCCGGCACGGCGGCGGCGUUGGUGCCGAUCCGAUCCAUCACGCGCCGGAUCGACUCGUCGUCGCCGCAGUCCCUCACGGCGGCGGGCGCCCACGAGCGCGUCAGCAGCGCCAAGGCGGGCGAGGAGACUGUAACGUACAUCCCCGAGAGCCAGGAGGAGGCGGGCGACCUCUGCCUGAGGCUGCUGUCGACGCUCAAGGGCAUCCAGCUCGGCAAGCUCGCCGACGAGUUCGGGUGGAACUUUGCCGUCAGCGAAGCGGAUGGCACGGCCGUCGUGGGGGAGCACAAGACGAACGGGUCGGCCUAGGCCAUCGAUCAGAUGGACCAAGAUGGUCAUGACGUCUUAGAGAGGCGGCUGCAGAAUAUGCAGACCGAAACCCGUCCCAUCUCAGAGGAGGAGGGGGGGUGUGGAUUCGCGCGUCCGUUGGACUCGCCAAGAUAGGCAUGGCACAACUAGGUAGGCGCUUGAGACGGAUUGAAGCAGGUAAAAUAGUAUAAACAAGAACGUAAAAAAGAAGGGGAAUAACAAAGCACAUCUUUUUUUUUUUUGUUAGGAACAACGUCCUCCGGGCAGAGAACCGCUUCAAGAAAUUCGAGCAGUGUUCAAGCCUGGGGGCCGGGGGGUUCAAAUCACAGAUCGAGGUCUCUGGUAGUGUAUCACUAACACGGGAGGCGAUAUUUAUCUUCCAAAGGGAACCCCCCCUCUAUG